CGGAGUUCUCUCGCCGACCAGCACAGUGGCUGUCCCCAGCAGCUGUCUCACCCUGGCCGCGGUGCUUCGGGCCCUGCUUGCGACGGAGAGGGCACCAUAGCGAGGCGCGGAAGUGGCGCGCGCUACUGGUGUCUCGAAAUGGGCCCCCGAGAUGGAAGCAACGGAACUUUGACAGGGGAGGAAUUCAUUCAAAGCAGAAUGAAACCAUGAACACCAGUUGACUGGUCAUCCCGAGCUUGCAUUUGCCGACUACUAGUAACUUGAUGACCUAUCGCCAACACCCUGAAAAGCCGCAAGCCCAACGCAACUGCCCCCUUGCCAUAACACAAGCCUCGCCGCCACAGAGCUGGCGCCUGGUUAAAGCGCGCGUGUGGAAGAAGCGAUGGCGGCAGGGCUGGCGGGGAUGGACGACACUCUGGAGGCCCUGCGGGAGGCGCUCAGCUGGCCCAUGCAGUAUUCUACAGCAGCCGUGCAGCUGGGAGUCCGGUGGCCCAAGGGCCUGCUGCUGCAUGGCCCCCCCGGAUGCGGCAAGACCGCUGCGGUACAUGCGGUUGCCCUCGAGUGCGGCGCCGCCAUGCACUUGGUGACAGCAGCAUCCAUUGUGGGCGCCUUCACAGGCGAGUCAGAGCGCCGGUUACGUGAUGUCUUUGCUGCAGCCAACAAGGAUGCGGAGGCUGGCCAGCUGGUGGUCAUCUUCUUGGAUGAGGUGGAUUCCCUUUGUCCGCGGCGAGAAUCGGCGCGCCAGCAGGAGGCGCGGAUAGUGGGGCAGCUGCUGACCCUAUUGGAUGGCGCGACAGCUCUGGGUCCACAAUGCAAGCAGGUUGAACACGGAAAACAGCGGUUGGGGCACAUUUUGGUAGUGGGUGCCACCAGCCGGCCGAAUGCCGUUGACCCAGCGCUCAGGCGACCGGGCAGGUUGGAGCGUGAGAUACUUGUGCCUAUUCCAGAUGCCGCAGCCAGGACGAGUAUCUUGCGGUUGCUGACACAGCGACUGCCUCUAGAUGGCUCUGUGGACCUGCAGCAGUUGGCAUUCGAGUGUCAUGGAUACACAGGCGCAGAUCUGGGCGCUCUGUGCAGGGAGGCUGGAAUGAGUGCCAUUGCGUUUUUACAUACUGCACCUCGCAGCAUGAUGCGACUCGUCACAGCCGAUGACUUUGUUGCUGCAAUGAAGCGCGUGGGGCCGUCGAUGGCAAGAGGGGCUGCUGUGGAGUACAGGCCCAUCAACUGGGACGACAUUGGGGGGCUGAGUGCAGUGAAACAACAGCUGAAACAAGCUGUGGAGUGGCCGUUGAGGCACUCUGGCGCCUUUGAGCGACUGGGAUUGUCGCCACCGAGGGGUGUUUUGUUGCAUGGCCCACCUGGGUGCAGCAAGACGACGCUGGUCAGGGCCGCUGCAACCGCAAGCGGUGCUACGCUAAUUCCUCUCUCAGGAACGCAGCUCUACAGCAUGCAUGUUGGUGAGGGCGAGGCCAUUCUUCGCGAAACUUUCAGGCGGGCGCGGCUUGUCGCACCUUCCAUUGUUUUCCUUGAUGAGCUCGACUCGCUUGUGGGCAAGCGUGUGGACCGCGAGAUUGCAAGCGACGUAACGGCCCGUGUGCUCUCUUCAUUUCUCACCGAGAUGGAUGGCCUGGAGCUGGCACAGGGGGUUUUGGUGAUGGGUGCCACAAAUCGCCCCCAAGCACUUGAUGCUGCUCUCAUAAGGCCAGGGCGUUUUGAUGUGAUCCUGUAUGUGCCGCCCCCGGAUGAGCUGGGCCGGCUACAGGCCCUCCAGAUUCAUACCCGCAAGAUUCCACUCACGGCUGACGUUAACUUGGCUACUAUAGCAGCAUGCACAGACUGCUUCACAGGUGCUGAGCUGGCAGCAGUGUGUAGGGAGGCGGCGCUGGCCGCUUUGCGAGAAGAUAUUGAGGGAGCGCGUCGCGUUCACCCCCGGCAUUUUACAUUCGCGUUGGGGACCAUCCAGCCACAUCUGACAGCUGCAGAUCUUGCUGAGUGGGAGGCAUGGCCGGAGCGGGCGGCCCGCUCAUGAUUACCGAACGUUGUCCGGCGCUACGCAGUUAGAUUCUGGCUUGCGCCAGGAAUUCAUCCUUCCUCCGAUGGUACUCCUCCCAGCGCAGUUUUGCAUAGGCAAGGUAGUCAAAAUCAAUGCUGCUCCACUUGGCCUGCACAGGCGGCAGCCCCAAUUCUUUGGACUAGUUUGUUGGGCGAGCUUGCAAUGAGCCAAACCACCUG